UUGAUGCUUGAUUGCUUGAUUCUUUCAAAAUUCAAAAACGAACAAACGAGUUAUAACGGAAAAUAAGAGUCGGGCAAGAUUUUUGUGAAAAACGGAAAUUUUGCGAGUUUUUGUUGGAGAAUUUCACCAAAAUGACAGAAGAGAGUAUGGACUUUACCGUGACGCCCGUUCCUCCGGAGGGCCAUCGAUGGUUCUGCGAACUGGACGGUCGUCUGCACAGUCGGCCUCGUCAAACUCCCUUCACGUCCAUCAACGGCUCGCCUCUGAUUUCCUCUGUUGCGGCGUUCUGCGAAAGCCUAGACGCGCCUAGUGACAAGGCGCAUGGAGAGCAGUGGCGGGCUCCACUCGAGCAUCAACCAGGUGGCCUCUUCCUGGCCGCCCCAACCUCACUAGCCAAGGCCUUUGCGGCCACCUUCUAUCACCACGGCUGGACGGCCGCGAUCGAAAUGCUCGCGCACAGUAAUGUCCAUCCUCUUGGCCGCGUUCUGCGGCGUCUGGUGUCCCCAGUUAAGCACCAAGCAGGCGGCCACCACCCUCUCCUUGCUGCUCAUCCAACGGCACCCUUACUAGCUGUUGCGUGCAGAGAAGAUGUGGUCCGCGUGGUUGGAUGGGCCAAAACCCAGGCACACGAUUUUAAGGCCAAACACCGCGUUUUAUGUCUUGCCUGGCGCCCGUAUGCACAGUACCUUGUGGCUGGUUGUGCCGCUGGUUUACUUAUUUGGAGUGCUAAACAGGAAAACAAAUACUCUGAUUUGGUUUCUGGAAAGCACAACUUAUUGCGAGCUCCAAAUGGCCGCCCUGUGACCACUGUGUCUUGGCACCCUAAAGGCGACCUCCUUGUGGCUGUUGCUGGCCGUCAGAUGUACCUCGUUCGGCCAGAGACGGAGCACUGGUGGCCUCUUCCCCAAAGCCACGCACCUCAGCUUCUCAUUUGGUCUCCGUGUGGCCACCGUCUGCUGACUGCUUCCACGGGGGCAGUAUUCCACUUGUGGGACACUGCCACGUGGACGGCAGAACGAUGGACUGUUUCUAGAGGAUCCUUGGUGGCCGCAUGUUUCAGUCAGAACGGCCGCUUGUUAAUUUUUGGAGACGAAGCAGGAAUCUACUGCUUACCUCCAGAUGGACCUGCCUUUUUGGUCGACCAAACCAGAGUGGCCGCUCUGGCCUGGAAUGGGGACCUUUUGGCUGCUGUUCAUUACAACAGUGAUGUUGUCCACAUUUAUAGCACCCAGACUGAGCCUCAACUAAAUAUUCGACCGAAUUUCAUUAUUGGUGGAAAGGAAGGAGAAAGUCCAUCAGCCAUCGAGUUCUUCCCCAGUAUUAAAGGUGCCACUGUGCUUGUGAUCCUCUGGUCCUCAGGAAGGACUCAAGCCUUCCCUUUUACUACAGAAGUUGAGUUCUGCAGAUAUCACAACCAGAAGGUCUGAACUCAAAAGACUGUGAUGUGGCUCAGGAUAAUUGGUAUUUUGUUAUCUGAACUCAAAACGUAAUGAGCAAAAACUUUCAAAUUCAUAUUAAUAUCCUUUCAUUACUUGAUUAAACGGAGAGUGUUAAAUGAAUUGAGUGCAUAGUUAAUUUUACAAAUCAAAAAACGCCUCUUUGAAACUCAACAUGGUUUUCGUUUAUUUCGCAUCGGAGAGAUCUGGGUUUUUAGCACAGGUAUGUUAGUCUUCGUGGUCGGGCCAAACAUUCUCGAUUUCCUCCUCGGCCGGCUUCUGCUGUGCGGCAGCAGCCGAGGGGACCAGCAAACUGUGCACAGCAGGAAGACGGAAGAAGUAGGAGGCGGCCACACUGCCCAGGGUGGCCCCCAACCAGUAGACAACAAAGAACUGGGCAAACGUGUGGCCUAGGCACCCCAGCUUGAGGCCGGUGGCAAGCAGCGGGUUG